GCCAGACGACGGGAGACUGUGGGCUUGGCGACAUGGUUCGGUGGCCGCCGCCAGGGGGCGCGGCAGCUCGCCACCACCACCACCUGUCCCUCACGCCCCCGCCCUCCCCCACGCCCACCAGCGGCGAGGGCGGCGGCACGUGCGGCCCCACCACCUUCGCCUCCACGCCCGGCUCCUCCACGCCCUACGUCGCCCCCUCCUCCCCCCUGGUAAGGCCCGCGGGUACCCCUGACCCCGCCACGCCCCCGCCGUCCCGCCACGCCCCAGCCCUGGAAUCUUCGCUUCCCGCUGCGGCCAACGGCACACCAUCGCGCGUGGGCGUAGCGGCAGACGCCCCCGCGCCUUCCUCCACCAACGGGGACCUCAACCACAGGCGGCCCAACGGCGUGACCCUGAGGGCGGUGCAGCAGCAGCAGCCUCAACCUCAGCAGCAGCAGCAACAGCAGCAGGCGGCCACAGAGGGCGAGGAAGAGGAGCACGAGGCGGAGGAGGCGAAAUGUGAUGAAGGCGAGGGUGAGGGUGAGGAGGGCGCUGUGUGCAGGGCCGAGGGCGGCGCGGAAAGCGGUGAGGAUGGGUCGGCGCGGUGCGGGCUGGGGCGGUGGUGUUCCCCGCGCUGGGCGCAGCGGCUGGCCACCAAGCAGGUGUUCCUGGCGGUGUUCUGCGCCACGUCAGUGCUGCAGGGCAUGUACUACACGUACUACGUGAGCGUGCUCACCACGGUGGAACGACUCUUUCAGUUCAAGAGCAAGACUACGGGCGUCAUCAUGAGCGCCACGGAGAUGGGCCAGAUCGGCGGCGCGCUGCUGCUGGCUUACUAUGGUGGCCAGGGACACCGCCCCAAGUGGAUCGGUUGGGGCAUGCUGCUCUUCUCCUUCUGUGCCUUCCUCAGUUCACUCCCGCACUUCUUGUACGGCGAGGAGCUGCUCAGGAAGCACCUGGAGACCACGCCCACCAGGGACAGCCCCCUGGCCACCGCGAACCUGUGCCGGCACGGGGGCGGCGUCCUGUCACACUCCCCGGCGCCGCCCAACACAACCCUGCACGCUGACUCCCUGCUGCUCGACCCUGCGAGCGUGCCCGGCGCCCCCAGGGACUGUGACUCCCCCGAGGGCGAGACCCACGUGGUGCUGGCGCUGUUCUUCCUGUCCCUGCUGGGCAUUGGCAUCGGGCAGACGGCAGCAUACAAUCUAGGGAUCCCCUACAUUGAUGACAACAUUGCAAACACCGAGACGCCAAUCUAUUUUGCGGUGACCAGCGGCGUUCGGAUCCUCGGCCCGGCUCUUGGCUUCGUCUUAGGGUUCCUAUGUACCCGCCUUUAUCUUGAGCCUUUGGUGGAUCCGGGCAUCGAACCCACGGACCAGAGGUGGAUAGGGGCUUGGUGGCUGGGCCUCGUUGUGGUCUCCGUGGCCCUUCUUCUCACCAGCUUCGCAAUGUUCGCCUUCCCGCGCCGCCUUCCGCAGUCACCGCGCCGCCGCCACCUUAAACUUGGUGCACCCGCUCCUCUCCCUCCACCCCCGCGCCGCAACGCCUCCCUCACUGACUUCGUGCGGGCGGUGUGGCGACUCCUGAGGAACCGUAUACUGAUCCUGCGCACCGCCAGUAACGUGCUGCACACACUGCCUAUUGCCGGCCUGUACACCUUCCUACCCAAAUAUCUGCAGAGCCAGUUUAGGUUACCCGUGCACACCGCUGCUCUCGUGUCAGGCAUCGGCGGCAUUCUGGUCAUGGGCGUGGGGAUCUUCGCGUCUGGCUUCUACAUUUGGCACGUGAAGCCCUCCCCGCGCGCCGUGGCUGGCUGGAUCGCAAUCAGCGCCCUCGUGUAUGCCGUGGGCAUGGUGAUACUCAUGUUCGUAGGCUGCCCGCCGGAGGACUUCGUGGGGCUCGUGGAUGGGGAAGAUGGCAAGCAAUUUCGUCCUGUGUGCAACCUUACCUGUGGGGAAUGCGACCUCAACACCUUUGCCCCAGUGUGUGACCCCCAGGGCAGGGCGUACUUCUCCUCCUGUCACCUGGGCUGCACCAACGCUACACUUAUGCAUCACUCCAACCAGCUCGUGUUUUCAGAAUGUGAGUGUCUGGCGGCCGGAGAGACGGUGGUGCUGAAACUCUGUGGCAUGAAGUGUGACAAUUUCAAGUGGUACGUGAUCAUCUUCUCGGCCUUCGUGCUGGUUCACUCCACGUCCGAGGUGGGUGGGAUGCUGCUCACUCUGCGCUGCGUGGACUCCAAGGACAAGGCGAUGGCGUUAGGACUCAUCUCUGUGGCUAUUGGCCUGCUGAGCAAUGUUCCGUGCCCAAUAAUAUACGGUGCAGUUGUAGACUCGGCCUGUAUACAGUGGAAGGAGACCUGUAGAAGGGCAGGGGCGUGUCAGCUCUAUGACUCAGACUCCUUCAGAAUGUUUUUCCACGGCAUGACAGGCGCCGUGAUGCUGCUGGCCUUCCUGGUGGACGUGUGUGUGUGGUGCCUUGCAGGGAACAUAUCUUUUGAGGACCCCACCUCUUCCACCUCUCUCCACCUCUCCCCCUCCACCCCAGACGCUCCCUGCACCUUCUCCGCCCCCGCCACGGCCUCCACCAGCCAGGAGUCCACCCCCAUUCUGCCACAGUGCGAGGUGGAAAUGUCCUUUGUCCAGGUGAAGGAUGCAGGAGUGGAGUGUGUGGAUGUCACGAAGGAUGUGAUGUAAUAAAGGAUUUGAUGUAGUUUGUUGUGUUAUUAGUUUGUUAUUAUUAUUUUUAUUGUUAUUUAUUGUUAUUAUUAUUAUUUCUUACUGUUAUUUUUCUUGAUAUUGGUAUUUUUUGGGGGUUUCAUGUAAAAUACUUUAGGUUUGUAAAGAAAAUUGCUUAUUGAUUUUAUUUCGAUUUUUUUGUUAAAGGGAUUUAAUUUAGGAUUUUAUUAUUUGUUAUUUUUUUUUUAUUGUUGUGUAUAUGUUUUUUUUCGGGGGUCAUAUAAAUUAUUUUAGGCUAGUAUGUAAAAAUGUAUUAUUUCGACUUUUUUUUUAUUAACUUUCUAUUACUGCAUAUCUAUAUGAGUGUGCUGUAAGUUAAUGUUAUAUUUGGGGGUCAUGUAAAUGAUUUUAGGCACGUGAAAUGUGUAGAUUUUCUUUGAGAACUGCUAGCAUGUCGAAUUUCUAUCAUUGCCUGUCAUGCUAUGUGAAAUGGACUACUUUUUUUUAUUAUUUCUAUCAUUGCCUAUCUAGAAAGAAAAAACAUUUGUACUAUUUCAAAUUUGUCAUUGCAUAUCUAUAGAAUGGCAAGUAUUUGUAUGUAUGUACGUAUGUAUGUAUUAUAAUUAUGCCAGUAUGUAUUACUGUAUGUAUUUUUUUUAUUGAUCAUUAUCAUAGCUUUCUUUUUUUUGUACUUUUAUAUAAUAGGUAGUGGACUUUUUUUCUUUUUUUUCUCGUAUACUUUCUAUAUAUAGUUUUUAUGUUCAGAUUUAAGAAAAAUUUUGGUUCCUAUAGAUUAAUGUGCGUAUGUGUGUGUGUGUGUGUGUGUGUGUGUGUGUGUGUGUGUGUGUUCUUACCUAAUUGUAUUUUUACAGGAUUGAGUCAAGCUUGUAAUGUUCCGUCUUUUUAAAGUUAAUUUGCCUUUAGAGCCAGUGGGAGGGGUAGUGAGGUGGAGAAGAGAGUGCGGACUGGAUGGAUGGCUGGAGGAGGGCGGCAGGAGAGAUCCGUGACAGAAAGGUUUCGGCGAGAACAAAAGCCAUGGUUAUCUGUACCAAUAACAAAGAGACAAGAGGUGGAAGCAACGGAAUUGAAGAUGCUGCGGCGUGCCCCUGAAGUGACGAGACGAGACAAAAUUAACAAACCCAUCAGAGGGACAACACGCGCGCCGGUUUGGGGGCAAGACGAGGCUGAGGUGGCUGAGGCGUGUCAGAAGAAGGGAUGAGUCACGUGUGGGAAGGAAGACGCUGGAAAUGGACCCACCAGCCAGCAGGAGGAGAGGAAGACCAAAGAGGAGAUUUAUGGAUGCGGUGAAAGAAGACAUGCAAGUGAUGGGUGUGACGGAGGAAGGCGCAGAAGGGAGACCCGCUGUGGCGACUCCUAAUGGAAGCAGCCUAAAGAAGAUUUUUAAAGUUAUGAAUAAUUUCAGUUCAAGAGAGAGAAAGAGAGUAGAAUAGAAAAAGAAAGAGGAAAAGAGGGAAAGGAGAUGGAGGAAUGGGAAAACACUGGAAUGAAAAGGUGUAGGAUAGAAUGAGUUAAAAAGGGAAAUAAGAAUGAAAAGUGAAUAUAUAAAGGAAAAAAAUUAAAUGGAAAAAAUAAAAUGAAAUAAAAUAAAGAAUGGAGUAUUCAACAGAAAAGAAAGAUGGAGAGUGGAAAAGAGAAAAAAUAAAGAAUAAAAAAGAGAAAGAAAAAUAUCACUAGAACCAUGAAAUCACCCUUGAAAACCCCAAUACUUUCAGAAUCUACUAGAAUCAUGAAGCCACUCUUGAAAACCCUAAUAACUUUCACUAGAGCCUUUUAAACUAUUAAAAUCACGAAAACACCCUAGAAAACCACAAUAACUUUCCCUAAACCCUCAUGAGCUACUAGAUUAUGAAAACACCCUUAAAAAACCUAAAUAACUUUCACCAGAGCCUAUCAAACUAUCGUUAAAGUCUUGCAAUAUGAAACACGGUCUAAAUAACUAAGAGAACUAAGAUUACUUGAGUCCCAGAAUAUGUAUUUACAUUUUCUCUUUCUAUGGAUUUACUAGUAAGGGAGACUGCAAUAUUUUCUAGAGUAUUUCCACGGUUGUAGUGAUAGUUUAACAGAAUCCAGCAGACGUUAUAGGGGUUUUUAAGGGUGUUUUCGUGAUUCUGGUGAUGGUUUAACAGGGUCUAGUAGAAAUUAUUAGGUUUUCAAAAGUUUAGCAGGCUCUAGUGAAAGUUAUUGUAGUUUUCAAGUUACAUUCAUGAUUCCGGUGAUAGUUUUAUAGGCUUUAAUGGGAAUUACCGGGGUUUUAAAUUAUUUAACUGUGUCUAAUGGGCUUUCAAAGGUUUAAUUCACUUUAUUGAAAAUUAUUGGGGUUUUUAAAGGUUUAAUUGGGUCUUUUGGCAGUUAUUUGGGGCUUUCAAAUGUUCUGCUGAAGGUUAUUGCAGUUUUCAAGGGUGUUUAUAUAUAUAUAUAUAUAUAUAUAUAUAUAUAUAUAUAUAUAUAUAUAUAUAUAUAUAUAUAUAUAUAUAUAUAUAUAUAAUAGCAGUUUAACAAAUAAUCUAUAUUACCAAAACGAAAACAACCAUAAAAACCAAAACAAAAUCUUCCAUGUGGCCUUUGAAAGGACAAAAACCAUCAUGAUUAGAAGCAAGCCUUUUUAAACCACACACCCACGCGCGCUGUUGACGGUAACCAACCACAGAGCCUUUAGUCGCUUCUCAACCAAUCACAUUUUACUCUCAGCUCCACCAAUCAGUAGACAGAAUACACUCCUUGAUUUUAACGCAGUAUUGAGUUUGUGGGAGCACGUAGAGGUUGUGUUACUGGAGUAAGAGCCACAUUUGUCACUCCAGCUAGUACUCAACUUCCUUCCGUGUUCUAAGGUAACGUGUAAUUCAUGAUUUUAAUGCACUGCAAGGGUCAGAGUCGUAGGGAGUGCCCCGCAUCUGCUGUGGUCUGAGGAUUGGAGUAGGGAAUGGUAGGAAAGAAGACGGUCUCGUAAUGAAGCCACAGGGGCAAACCAGUGUGUGCUGUGGGGCCUUGUGGAUGUAGUGUGUGUGGCCAGUUGUGCUAUGCCUUUCCACUGGAUAGAUAGAAAGACUACUGCUGCUGCUAUGUAUUUUAUGUCGCCACUUUCCACCGGUGGCUGACGAGGCUACAAGUGUGUGUGUGUGUGUUUGUGUUGCUUCAGCACAGUGCUCUGAAAUGCUUCGCUCUCUCACCACGACCAUUUUCAAAGGCCACAGAGAUCAUUAGCUGGGUUCUCAAGAGCGUUUCUCUUGUUUAUUAUGUAGAAAUAAUAUUUAUCUGUCACUAGAACCAUAAAAAAAAAAAAAAAAAUCCAUAAAACUCGCAACUUCAAGUAGAGCCUUUUGAAAGUAGUGGAUGUGCGGCGCAGAAAUGUUUCAGAUUACGGUGCUUUGUCUGGGCCAACACGUGUGGGAUUCCCGGCCCCUGGUAUAUAAAUAGACAAGAACUAGUUAGGAUAUACGUGGUGGAAUAGGAAGUAGAUGAAAGGUAGGAUAGGAGAAAGAGAUGAAGACUUAAGAGAAGGUUUAUGAAAAGAAACAUCAUGCUUGUAAGAGAGAGAGAGAGAGAGAGAGAGAGGAAGGAAAUAAAAACGAAAUGUAAUUGAAUUAUUCGUUUUGAAAGUGGGAAGUAGAAGUACAGAAGUGAAAAGGGGAAAAAAUGGAAGGAUGGAGGAAGAAAGAUGGGAGCGAGUAAAGGUGGAAGGAUGGAAAAGGAGAGAGAAAAAAAAGAAAAUGGAAAGUGAAAGAUGGAAAGGGAAAAUAGGAAGGGAUAAAAGGGAAGAAGUAAAAAUGGAAAUAUGAAAGAACUGGGAAAACCGAAAAAAAAAAAAAAAACAUUUUAUCGAGGUGCUAUCAAUAAAUGUAUAAGUAAACUUUUCAUAUCUCUAAGCAACAUAACUUUUCGGUGUUUUGAUACUAUAAAUGUGAAGAAAAGUAUUUAUAAGUAACUUGACUGUUGUAGUGUGUGUAAUACCUUUUCGAAGUGCUAAAUAAUAAGAAAAAUAUUUGAAUAAGUGAUGUGAUAUAAGAUUAGUUAAUAUAAGUAGAGAAAAAAGUAUUUAUAAGUAACCUGAUAAUAAUGUGGUUCAUUUAGUAUCCUUCUAUAAGUGUAAAGUGUUCAAAAAUAAGGAAAUGUAUGUGUGAGUGAGAUGUCACAAGGUGUUUUGUCAUUAAGUGUGAAGAAAAGUAUUUAUAUGUAACUUAAAUAGUGCUGUUGUUCACUUAACACUACUAGAUGUGCAAGUAACUUAAAACCAACAAGUGUGUGUGUGUGUAUGUGUGUGUGUGUGUGUGUGUGUGUAGUAAAGUAUUUAUGAGUAACUUCAUAGCAUUGUGGUUGACGUUUGUUUCUUAACUUAACACUUUUCCAUACGUGUCAGUAAUCUAAUGGUGGUAAUGAAGGUUUGUUUCAUGUGAGUCAGGCGGCUCUUGUGGGAUACGAGCCUAAAUAUAGGAACAGAAGAAAAUGGCAAUAAUUUACACCUGAGAGAGAGAGAGAGAGAGAGAGAGAGAGAGAGAGAGAGAGAGAGAGAGAGAGAGAGAGAGAGAGAGAGAGAAAAGAAAAAAAAGGCAUUAUUAAAUUGUGAAUGCUUAAAAAAAAUAUAAAAAAAACUGCGUCAUAAUAAUAAUAAUAAUAAUAAUAAUAAUAAUAAUAAUAAUAAUAAUGAUAAUGAUAAUAAUAUAAUGUCUGGUGUUUUUAUCUUCUUUAAAAGGAUACAGUUUGCCAAAGUAGCAAUAAUAAAAACUUCAUUAUUUCUCGUUAUUUUGUUUUAGGAUUCGUAGUUAAAAAAAAAAGACAACAUUACUACUACUACUACUACUACUACUACUACUAUUGUACAUAAAUGUAAAAAUGUACGUCUAUAAAACUCAAUACAUUUUUUCUUCAUAUGGGACCAAAUAGUUUGUUUUGCAUGUAAAUAAAAUAAUCGUUUGCCAA